AUGAAUACGAACGGUGAUCAAUAUGAAUCGACAAUUGUCAGCGAUGGUUCCAUCACGGGUCUUGUUCCAACAGUAUCUGAUGAGAAUAUCGUUCGGAGAACAUCUCCGGCGCUGAGUGGCGACGGAGACAGUCCGGUUAAAUAUCGAACGCCAUACGCCGUUCUACCGUCUACGGAAUCAUUCGAAGAUGUUGGUCGUCGAACAAUCUACGCAAUUGAUUGCGGUGGCUCGCUUGUCAAAGUGGUCUACACAUGUAUUGAAGAAGAUGAGAACACCAAUGAGCUGGAAUCUCGAUUGAAGUUUCGAAAAUUUCAACGGAUUGAGCAUUGUCUUGAAUUCAUUCGAGCGCAUUCAAAUGCUUCGGGAUACGGCACAAUUGAAUCGCCGAUCAUGUGCACAGGUGGAGGCGCCUUUAAGUAUGAGGCACUAAUCGGACAAACUCUGAAUCUUAAAGUGGAACCUAUUGAUGAGAUGGCUGCCUUAGUGAAAGGAUGUUGUUUUCUGUUGAAGUAUAUCAAGGACGAGUCGUUCACCUACCAUCAUGACGAAGAACCGUUCAAGCAAUAUCAGUAUAGACCAAUCGAGCAGACAGUGGCGUUUCCGUUCCAGUUGGUCAACAUUGGAACGGGUAUUUCGGUGAUUAAGAUAGAAUCAGAGAACGAAUUUGCACGAAUUGGUGGUAGUACGAUGGGUGGUGGAGCAUUCACGGGCCUUGGUUCACUUCUGACAAGUGCAAAAUCGUUUGAUGAUUUGCUGAAGAAAGCUGAGAAGGGUGAUCACCGGAACGUGGAUACACUCGUGGCGGAUAUAGCAUCGACAUCGCAUGAUACAUUGGGAUUGCCGGAUUCUCUCAUCGCUGGAUCAUUCGGAAAGUGUGUGGAUAUGAAGAAACGAGACGAGUUGAGGGGUAAGGAACAGUCCGAAAACGAUAUGACGAAAAGUUUGCUGCUGAUGUUCAGCAAUUCAAUUGGACAGAUGGCAACGUUGUAUGGUAAACAACACCAAGUGAAACGGAUCUAUUUUGGCGGUUACUUCAUUCGAAAGCAUCCACUUACAAUGCGCACGAUCUCAUAUGCCGUCAACUACUGGAGUAAGGGCGAAAUUGAGGCACUCUUCUUGAAACACGAAGGGUAUAUUGGCGCUGUUGGUGCAUUCUUAGAGCACCUAAAUCAAGUAAAAUCAGAUAGCAGCUGA